AUGGGCAAGUGGGGUUCCAGAGCUUCUUCAUCUCCCACUCUCCAUGACCAAACCAUGCACCAGAGGUAUGAACAAUGGCUAGCCAAGUACAACAAGAUGCAUGUGGAUGCAGCUGAGAAGGAUACGAGGUUUGAGAUUUUCAAAUACAAUGUGGAAAGAAUAGACCUUCACAACAGUGACCAAACCCGAUCGUACACAUUGGCCGUCAAUGAGUUUGCUGACCUUACCACAGACGAGUUCUUGGCCUCCUACACAGGAUACAAGAGGCCACCUAGAAAAUUUGAGUCCUAUUCCUCUGCAGCGAGCACUUUAAUGCCCUUCAGGUAUGGAAAUGUGAGGAGAGUGCCACCAUCAAUGAGUUGGACAAAGAAAGGCGCCGUGACCAAUGUCAAGAGCCAAGGCGGAUGUGGUUGUUGUUGGGCAUUCUCAGCAGUAGCUGCCAUGGAAGGAUUUGCCAAGAUCAAAACUGGCACGCUGGUUUCUUUAUCAGAGCAGGAGCUGGUAGACUGUGACAGACUACUCGACGGCGGCUGCAAAGGUGGUUGGAUGCGAAGUGCCUUCAACUUCACCAAAUACAACAAGGGCCUCGCUGCAGAAGACCAGUACCCAUACCAAGGAAUCGAUGGAUUUUGCGACAGAGCCAAGGCGUACCCACCCGCCGUCAAAGUCAGUGGCUACGAAAGCGUCCCUUCCAACAGCGAGAACGACCUAUUGAAGGCCGUCGCGCACCAGCCGGUAGCGGUGGCCCUCGACGUUAGCAGCGAGCAGUUCAGGUUCUACAACAGCGGCAUCUUUCGGGGGUCGUGCGGCACCAACCUAAACCACGGCGUUGCUUUGGUGGGUUAUGGGACGACGACAGAUGGGACUAAGUAUUGGGAAGUGAAGAAUUCUUGGGGAGAAGGGUGGGGUCAUGGAGGCUUCAUACGGAUGCAGAGAAAUAUUAAUGGUCCAUAUGGAGCAGGCCUCUGCGGUAUCGCUGUUGAUGCCUCUUACCCCGUAUAG